AUGGGUGGAGAACUCUCUGACGAUACUGUGGAACAAAACCCUUGUUCAAUACCAACAACAUGUCUGGAUGAAAAUGUGUCAAUCCAGAAAAUCUGCAAAUAUCUUGACUCACAUUUGCACCGAAGAAACCGAAGAGGUGGCACUAGAUCCAAAAUUGUCAUUAUUAUUAUUAUAACUUCCACCUCCUCCUCCUCCCUCUCCUCUUAUCAACUUCGUUCUUUUCACUGGUUCAUAUCGCUUUUUAUUUCUAUUCUUGCCGCUCUCUUCUUCUUCUUCUUUCUUCUUCUUCUUCUUCUCAACUUCUUUCUUCUCGUCUUCCUUUCUUCUUUCUCUUCUUGCUUUUCUUCUUCACCGUCAUCACCUUGUUCAUAUCGCCUUUUCUUUCUGUUCUCGCCUCUCUCUUCAUCUUUUUCUUCUUCUCAACUUCCUUCUUCUCGUCAUCCUUUGUUCUUUCACGUCUUCCUUUUCUUCAUCGUCAUCACCUUGUUCAUAUCGACUUUUCUUUCUGUUCUCGCCUCUCUCCUUCUUCUUCUUCUUCUUCUUCUCAACUUCCUUCUUCUCGUCUUCCUUUCUUCUUUGUCGUCUUCCUUUUCUUCUUCACCGUCAUCACCUUGUUCAUAUCGCCUUUUCUUUCUGUUCUCGCCUCUCUCUUCUUCUUCUUCUUCUUCUUUUUCUCAACUUCCUUCUUCUCGUCUUCCUUUCUUCUUUGUCGUCUUCCUUUUCUUCUUCACCGUCAUCACCUUGUUCAUAUCGCCUUUUCUUUCUUUUCUAUUCUCGCCUCUCUCUUCUUCUUCUUCUUCUUCUUUUUCUCAACUUCCUUCUUCUCGUCUUCCUUUCUUCUUUGUCGUCUUCCUUUUCUUCUUCACCGUCAUCACCUUGUUCAUAUCGCCUUUUCUUUCUGUUCUCGCCUCUCUCUUCUUCUUCUUCUUCUUUUUCUCAACUUCCUUCUUCUCGUCUUCCUUUCUUCUUUCUCUCGAUCUAUCUAUCUAUCUAUCUAUCUAUCUAUCUAUCUAUCUAUCUAAACAACUAAGUCUGUUCAUAUCUAUCUAUCUAUCUAUCUAUCUAUCUAUCUAUCUAUCUAUCUAA